AGAUCACACAGCCUGUCACUGGAUUUCCGAGAAACAGGCAAAAACAUGUUAAUGAAAUCGACGUGCAGCUGAACAUCAUGUCUUUCCUCUCACCCCAAGAUCUGUGUCGUUUGGGAAGCACGAGUUGUUAUUGGAGGGCGGCUGUGCAAGAUCCGUUGUUGUGGAGGUAUUUUCUCCUCAGGGAUCUCCCUUUUUGGACAUCUGUUGAUUGGAAAUCACUCCCAGACGUGGAGAUUUUUAAUAAAGCCUUUUCAGAAGGCAGUGAUAAUGAGCUGUAUGAUUACAUGGCAGUAUACAAAAAAAGCUGUCCUCAGAGUAGAAGAAGUUUGAAAUCCAGCCGUCCCCGACAUGGGGCUGUGGCUUCCUUUUUGCAGUCCCUGGUCACUCACACAGAACCCCGCUUUGCUAUGUUUGGGCCGGGUUUGGAAGAGCUGGACGACUCCUUAGUGCAAAAGAUGAUGACAUGUCCAGAAAUUCUGCUAGUAGCUGGCCUGCCUCAAAGACAAGUUCAUGGAAUUGGAUCAGGAGUCAGUUUUCAGCAUAAUAACAACCAAAAAUUCAAUAUUCUGACAUUAUAUUCAGCCACCAGUGUGGAAAGGAGGAGAGCAAGGGCAGAACAAGCUGUUGCUGUGAAUAAGAUGUUCUACCAAGAGAACAGCAUUGUAGGGAAUCAGCAAACUGUACACUACAGUGUAAUAGCUCAAGUGAAAAAGGUGUGCGAAGUAGUUGAUGGAUUCAUUUAUGUUGCUAAUGCAGAAGCUCAUAGAAAGCAUGAUCGUCAGGAGGAACUGGCUCAUAUUUUGGCCAUGAUUGAUCCAGCCCUUGGGCCUCCCAACAGACCUCUGCUGGUUUUGUCUUGUGUCUCUCACAUUGGUGUGGAAAGAAUUCCAUGUGUUCACAUGGCACAUCAGCUUCAACUAAAUCUGCUACAUCAGCCCUGGAUGGUGCAGGACGCUGUAGCUGCAACUUUAGCUGGAUUGCUAAAUGGAAUAGAGUGGCUCCUGGAAGAAGCAAGUUGUAAAAAUGCUCAAAACAAUACCUAGAGAAGAUGUAAUGUCUGCAUGAGAAUUGUUACCCCAGACUAAAGUUCCUAGAAGCAAACAAAUGAACUACUUUGUACUGCUUGAUUUAUUAACCGUCAGCAUCUUGUGCUUUUGUUGUGGUGAAAUUAUUAGCUUGAACUGUGAUCACAUAAAUGAAAAGUGUUAAACAGAAUUGCCAGUACUUCAGGACAUUUAUUUACUACAAGGUGUCUGUCAGCCACUCAAAGAGUUGUGACCUUUUGCAGAUAUGAGGUGUACUUGGCUUGAAAUUUCCUACGCAGCUGCAAAUAUUUUUAUAAAAAGAGAAACAAUAUUUUGGAGCUGGGAUUGCAUUUUCCAUUUUGGUGUAAUUUGGAAUAGAUCCGGUCUUCUAGCUUUUUUGGGUUUUUUAAGGUUUUUUUAAAUUAUUGGGUGAGUAUUCAGAAACUUCCCUUGGAUUUCUUGCCUCUGCUUCUAUUUGUUUUAUUCUGAGUUUUUUCGGUGUUCUCUCCAUGGAAAUGCUAUAGUCUUGUCUUGGUACAUAGACAAAUGACUACAUGGUGCACGUUCUGUAACUGCCUUCAAUCCAGUGUAUGUGUGUUGUGCUGAACACAGCUAUGUCACAGACAUUCCAUUUGAGAUUUUUUUUUUGUUUUAAUGAACUAGGACAGACACAGGAAGUGUCUUUUUUUUUUAUUCCCAUGUUUAUAUUCAGUUAGUUCGUCUUUCGGGAUUUUUUGUAUAUCGUCUUAGUCUUUCAAGGGAAAAUCCGUGGGAAGCAAGACUAUGAUAAUUCUGUGGUUUGCCCUAUUUGUUUUUUUUAAUAGAGUGUGCAUGCUUUACCCUUUAAAAUACAGAAGACACUGAAGAUUUGUGAGUACUUGGGGGAAAAUUCGACACUUGUGACUGUGUGCGUGUUUGGCUUUCCUGCUAAUCAUAAUAAUUCUGUAAUGAUCUAUCUGUAGAUGGUUUACUGCAGCAACCUGUUUCUAUGUUAGCUAUUACAAAUACGGGAUUUUUAUGCAAGAUUCUCUUUCUGCUUUCUUUGUAAGUAAUAAAUUAUUUUUUAAGAA